CUGCUAUGCUCAAAUUCAAGAUACAUUUACCAGCGUCACAGCUGAGUUGACCCACGUGAAGCACUGUAGUGUGGUUAUGAUCUGAAUUCGAGUCGAGAGGUUUUCGGAGUUGCUGUACUGUCAAGUGAGGAGUUUCCCAGGCUAACACAAUGUCUUCGUUUAGAAAAGCUCUGAAAUCCAAACAACGGGAUCACAAAGAGAGAUCUCAGCUGGGCUUUAGGAAACAUUUGGGACUUUUGGAGAAGAAGAAGGACUACAAGCUUCGAGCAGAUGACUACCAUAAGAAGCAGAACACCCUCAAUGCCUUGCGAAAGAAGGCACUGGACAAGAACCCAGAUGAGUUCUACUUCAAGAUGGUCAACACGCAGCUGAAGGAUGGUUUGCAUGUGGAGAAGUCCACAGAGGAGGAGAUGACCGAAGAACAGAAGAAGGUCAUGAGGUCACAAGAUAUUAAAUAUGUGGAGAUGAAGAGAGUCUCUGAAGCUAAGAAAAUUGAGAGGUUAAAGGCAGAGCUCCAUCUGCUGGAUGCAGAGGGGAAGCAGAAAAACCAACACAUGUUCUUUGUUGACACUAAGAAAGAAGUGAAUCAGUUUGACUUGGCGUCUCACCUGAAUACGGUGCCUGAGCUGGUCAACAGGACGUUUAAUCGGCCGACUGUGGAGACUCUGGAGAAGAGGAGUGUAGUGGGAGCAGUGGACCCCAGAAGCCUGCGGAAACUGGCCAAGCAGAGGAAGGGUCAGUAUGAGCUGCUCUCCCAGCGUAUCGAGAGAGAGAAGAAGAUGUUUGUCAUCACCGAGAAAAUACAGACACGCAAAGACCUGCAGGACAAAAACAGGAAGGUGAAGGUGAAGAACGAGACGACCGGUUCUGCCGCCGUCUACAAAUUCGAGGCCAAGAGGAAACGCUGAGUUUCUCCAGGAAUCUCUGACACCAGGAUCCAGGAGCUGACCCUUCAGGACUCGGGAGUCUUUCCCAAAAUCAUAGCCACAAUAUUAACUAUUUGGUUGUUGCUUGCAAUGCAAGUGCCCGCACAGUACGAAAAUGCGGUGUUAAUUCAACACUUUUUAGAGUCAGUUUUAAUACUUUCUAAAUUGUAUUUUGUCCCAGAGUACUCUGUAAGUAUUGAGUAAACACUUGCACUUUUUUGUUACUGUACAGUGGCUUAUUGGCAACUAUGGUGUUGGGAAAUGCCCUCCAGGUUAGGGACCAAGCACCAGCAUCCAGGAUGUGAAGUUUUCAUGGCCCUGGCCAGAGACUUGUAUCUACCACCUCCAGAAACACACAACUACAGACUGUCUUUGGCCUUUGUGGCCCUGUUGGACUUACAUUGAGGGAUGAUGUGAAGUUUUGGACUUCAAGCUCUCAAGGGAGAUGAUAUCCCUCCCCAGACUGCAAUUUGUGUAUAUUUAUGCUAACAUUUUCCAGCUAUUCUCUAGAAUUAUAAAAUAAAUAAAGGCGUUUCUUUUUGGAAAAACUGA